CAGAGCUUCAUAUAAACAUGAUUCAAGCUAGAAUUAUGAUUAACGAAUGAUAAAAAAGAUGGAAUCUGAGAAAAAUUGCGGAGAAAGUCAAGAUAUGCACUUUAGUUUUCUUUCUCCGAGUUUUAUUAAUCACAGUCAUGAUAUUUGCGUUAAAGGUUUUCUUUAUAUUUAUAUAUGUCGUAUUAUAUAAAAUCUUCGCUAAUAUUUAUCGUUAAAAAAGAAUUGGAAAGCCUUAAGAUUAGUUCAAAAAGCGUAGGUAAUUUCCAGGAAAAGCCUACAGGGAGAUGGACAAAAGAAUUCGCCGCUAAUUUCCUUUCAUCCUAUUCAGAAAGUGGUAUUGUUCCUUUCUUAGUGAAGAAUGAUUGUUGUAUUUAUAUCAAACAAUUAAGAAAAUGGACUCCAAAUUACAUCAAAUUGGGACUUAUUGGAAAUGAAGACUACGUUGGAAGCUGGGACUAUAGAAAGAGUAUUAAAGGCCUAAACCAUCCUGCUAAUUCGGAUAACUGGUACUUGCCUUUAUUGAUUCCUCUCAAUGGAAAUAAAUCUAUAAUAAAGCUUAUAGCAAUGGAUGAAAGGAAUGACUCAAUUCAUUACCUAGAGAUGGAAGAUAUCAGAGAAAUUAGUCAUGUGAGAUUGAAAGCAGGUGAAAUAAUAUUGGAAAAAACUACAUUGCCUUUAAAAAAGAAUGAAAAUAACCUAAUUGUUAAAAUAAAACCUUACGAUGAAUUAAAUGAUAAAUUUUCUAUAAGAAAUGAAAAAUUAACGUAUUCUAUUAAUCACAAAUCCCUAACUACGCAAUGUUUACAAUCUAAAGAGUUUGAAAAUUGUAAUAAUAGCUAUGUUGAUUCGAUAGAUAAAACUUAUCCUUAUAAAAUGUUAAAUGAACAAAUAGGUCACGGAAGCGAAAGAUUUAAAAAACGAAGCAAAUGGAACAAAAUGAUUUCUUCCAUAUCUUUAAAUACUAAUGAUAAUGGAAGUUGUAAUAGGUCUUUUGAAGAUUCCAUUAGCUUUAAUUGCAACUCGAAUAAUAAUAAUAAUAGUAAGAAAAAAAAGAAGAAAAAGGCCAAGGCUAAAGAUAAAAAGGCUAAAAUCGUUGUACACAUAGAUGACAGCGCUGUUAAACAGGAUAUGGAUGCUGACAAAGGAACAGCCUCUGAAAAUAAUCUGAAGAAUAGAGAAGAAAAUAUCUUCAUGGGGGACAGCAUUACUGAAAGCAAUGAUAUCUUAGUCUAUACAGCUAUGACAGACGAAGGAGCUGCUGGCGAUAUAAGUUCGCUUCUGACUAAAAAGAUGAAAGAAGAAGAAGAAGAAGAAGAAAACUUAAAUAGUUCUAUAAUAAAAGAAGAAACUGACUCUAAAUCUCUUCCAAAGAUACCGUAUGAAGAACUUUUAGAAAAUAUUAUUAGAUCGCUUAAUCUACCUCUCUGGAUUGCCAAACAACUUGCAAAGUGGAGAUAUAAGAUUAAAAGUGACAAAAAGUUAGACAUACGACAAGUAUCUAGUAGUUACAAGAACUUUCCUGCUGUACCAAAGCCAUCCGCCGAUGAGAUAUAUACGCACUUAAACGUUUCAAGAACGAUAAGCGACGAUUUAACCAGUAUUACCCACAUUCUCUCUCAGAUACAAUCUUUACCAAAUCCUACUAAUGAUAAUGAGAGCGAUUUUACAAAAUACCCUGGGGAGAUUGAUAAAAAUGAGAAAGAAGAUAUUAACAACAGUGUGUCAGAAAGUUCAUUUAGUAACGAAAACGUAAAUUGGAAGCCAAGUCAACAUUGUCACUCAAAUAUGUCGGAUCUGAAUGAUAAUCCUAGUCCUUUAUCUCAAAAUCAAGUAAUCGAAGAAAGGGAAAAGAAUAUCCAGUUACAACAUAAAAGGACUGAUAGCCCAUGUCAUAGCGGGGAGGAUACGGGCGUAAGAAUUACGGAUCAAGAUAUUUAUUUUACAAGAGACUCAGAAAUUUCUUUUAGUUUGAACUCUAAAGAAAGUGAAAAAGAUUUAAUGAUUCCUAAAAUUCGAGUUGUUGACGAACAUGACAAGGUUAUUAAUAUUCCAGAAGAAUAUAUUCAAUUCCCUUCAACAUUGACAUACGAUGAUAAAUGUAAACGUACCAAAUUACAGUUUGAUAAAAGGCAAAAUACCUUAACAAAACAAUUUAAAUCGACUGGAACUGAAACUGUAAACCUCAAAGCAGAUGUUGAACAUUUGCUAGUCAACUUAAUCGACAAUGAACUUGAUAAAAGAAAGAAAACUAGACAAGAAACCCCUGCGGACGAUGUUAUUUUGAAACACAAUACUGAUAAAAUAGGUAAUGAAUUUCCCUCCGAUAAUCAAUCAUCAGAAAACAAUUUAGAUUAUCGUACAACGACAAAUCGAAUUAAACCUAAUAAACUACCAAUCGUCUUAUUAAAGAAAGUUGAAAGUACUAAUGAAAUUCGUUUAGAAAAUAAUGAAGAAAAUAAAACUAAACAUGGAUCGUUAAAAAAAAGCAAAACAAUUAGAGAAUAUCUAACAUUAUGUAAAUGUACUUGUGCUACCGCAAAAAGAGCUUAG